UGAGAUGAGGAUGUCCUUUUGUUUUUAAUGUGGUGUGUGAAACACUAACUUGUAGUCAUUCCAAAAAGAUCUCUGGGAAACAUUUCGACACAGAGAUCAAGUACACUUUUCGGGGGGCUUUGGACCACACUCGUGUCAGACGUGCACUCGUGAUCCGCGCAUAUUAGUUGCUGUUCAGAGGGGCUGCCGAGUGCGCAAACAGAAAGCUGCGUGCAACGCAACGAAUGCCAACUAACGGAUAAGCGAUGUCUGCAUGCGACUGUAUCUCCAGCAGACAGACUUAACAUUUCCCCUACCGAGCAGCCCCGUCCCUGAGUGCUGGAAGUGCGGAUCGGCUAAAGGGAAAACCGCUCCGACGACCACCAGACUCUCUGGUCGCCUCCGAGAAGAGAGAGUGUGCACCUUAUUGCGAGAGAGUUGCUGUUCGCUGCUCAGGGUAUCCCUCGUGUUGCAAGUGGCACGAAAGCUGUGAUCGGCGACAUUGCCUCUCGCCCGAAGACGCAUACGCGAUUGACUGGAGAAGUGGUGGUUUUGGGCACUGGGUUGGAAACUGAUUCAGUGGUGCAUUCAUUUUUGCUCUCAGCAGAUCGGAUAAAUAGUAUGGAUUAGAUCGACCGUUUGUAAAGCAAGGUGCCCUGCCGCGGUUCUUCUCUAUGCCAAUUAAGAGAGAUAGAGCCAUAGAAACACACGGCCCCGUGGGGAAGCAUGUAAUGACUCACACCAGGAAAAAGGCUUCCACCAGGCCGGGCCCCAGCAGCGAGCGACGGGACAAUAGCUCCCAGGGGCCAAAUGGGGACAAUAUGGAUGUGGCCUGGCCUCAGCGCUUGCUGCGAUUCGGCAGGACCAAGAAGAUAGGCCAGGUCAUUAGUCAUAGGAAGGAUGAGGCCAAGAGAGUAACCGCAACGGGGAAGAGACGCAAGAAGUCUGGCGCGGUCCGAAAGACGCGCCGGAAGCAGCGCGAGAAGAAACGGGACAGGAAGUCAUACCCGCUGCGGGGGAGGACCGCCGGCUCGGACGAGGAGGGCCUCGACUGUCAUGUCCUCCUCACCCGCGUGGACGACGGCCUAGCGGAGCAGGAGGGCUCCGACGCCGAGGCGACGGCGACGGCGCCGAACGACGGCCCCCAGAAGCCGUCGCACAAGUCAAAAUCCAGGAAGGACAAAAGGGGCAGACGAAAAGAGACAAAGGUGACACCCAAAACCAAAUCGAGGUCGAACACCCGGAGAGAGGAGGACGUCGUGUUCCUUCCGGAGCCGCGCAAGCGCCGGUUAGCCUCUCUCAACGCCGAGGCGGUGAACAGCCUUCUGCUCGACCGAGGCUCUGACCAACAUCCACCAGCCAAGCAGGCCAAGAGACAGCAUGAGGAGCCCGCAAACGAAAGGGCUCCCCUGGACGCUAAUCCCGCUUGGAGCGGUGCUGCUGGAGGUCUUAACUCCCCCCAGAUCAGCACCACCAAAGCCACCGCUAAGUUGAAGCGCGAGCCGGGACGAGGCUCCAAGCGGAGCAAGAAGAAGGCCAAAGCGAACCGAGGGGAUCCGAGGGGGUGCGUCAGUCAGGCGAGCUUGGACGCCCCGGCGCCCAGACGCCUCGCCGGCCUCACCGCCGCGGCUCUGCUGAAGCUGACCAGCACGUCGGCCACCAGCAAGCAGAGGGUGAAGGCCGUUCCCACGGCGACCGUCACCACAGACUCUAAGGCCCCGGUCCCGGCCGCCACCCCGAAGCCACAGACCCGCGUCAAGCUCAAAGCCAAGGGGCGCUCGCAGAAGACCAGGGGGAAGAAAGGCGCGGCCCCGACGGACGAAGACGACGCCGCCGCCGCCUGCAAGGACAAGGCCGACUUUGAGCCCAAGGUGGAGUGGGUGAACGGCGACUGCAACCACAAGCUAGCCGAGGCGGGCUACCCGCAGCGCGGCAUGCUGGGCUUCCAGCUGAAGAGCGUGAAGGAGGAGCAGGAGGAGACGGACCUCAGCCCGUACUACUGCUGCCCGCCCGAGGGCUCGGUGGAGUACUGCCACCGCCUGGCCUUCUUCCUGGGCCAGCAGGCCUACGGCGAUCCGGAAGGCCAGCCGCGCAACCCCGCCCUGACCCCCGUGAAGCGGGAGUGCCUGGUGGGCUCGCCGACGCUCGCCCACGCCCACCCCCACGCGGCGCUGACCCUCAGCCCCCACCCGUGCCUGUGCACGGCCGAGCACUGCUUCUCCAGCUACUACGUGCACAUAGCGCACCCCACACACACUGGAACCCCGUCGGCCGCACUGGCCGCCCGACCCCUGAACUUUGCCCCCUCGUCGCUGUGCCCGAACCGGGUAGGCCGGUCCAAGCUGCUGGGGCCGCGGGUGGGCCACGCGGCGGGGCUGGCCCACCCGGCCUGCUGCGGGCCGGUGGGGUCGCCCUGCUACAACGAGGCGUGCCGGAUCAGCGGCUACGCCUAUCGCGCAAUGCCGCCCGUCGCCAGCAGGGGGUGCUCGUUCAGCACGGGGUGCACUGGGUGCCAGCACGGCAUCAAGACAGAGGGCUACUCUCCUUCUCAGGGCCUGGCCCCCAGCCUGCCCCUCUCCAGCCUCCCCCUGCCCAGCGCGCCGCCCUCCACCCAGCCCAAGCCCCACCUGCCGACCCUGCUCCCGGGCCGGGACCAGCCCCCGGCCCGCCUGAAGCUGGCCAAGGAGUGCCCCCAGGCCACGGCCAAGUCCUCCUCCGCCGCCGCCUCCCCGGUGUCCUCGGGACGCACCCGGCUGACCCAGAAACAGGCCCCGCUCCCCGCCCCGGGCCUCGUCGGCGCCAGGCAGAAGGUCAGCCGGCGCCGCGCCACCAACGGCUGGAGGCCCGUGGGCGGGCCCGUGGAGAGGGAGGUCUUCAUCGCGGGCGACGAGGAGACGGCCCUGCGGCAGUGCUACGACGGGGUGGAGCGGGACGGGGAGGUGGUCCGCGUCCGCGACACCGUGCUGCUGAGGUCGGGUCCCAGGAAGAAGUCCCUGCCCUACGUGGCCAAGAUAUCGGCCCUCUGGGAGGACCCCAAGACGGGGGAGCUGAUGAUGAGCCUGUUCUGGUACUACCGCCCGGAGCACACGCAGGGAGGAAGAGACCCCAGUGCACACUGCGAGAAGGAGAUAUUCGCCUCUCGCCAUCAGGACGAGAACAGUGUGGCCUGCAUCGAAGACCGGUGCUACGUUCUCCCUCUCGCCCAGUACUGUAGAUUCUGUGCCUUGUUGAAGCGGCGGGCGGAGGGCGUGGCCCCCGGGGGCCCGGGCAGCGGCGUGGUGGUCCCGUGCUGCGCCGACUUCGCCCCCCCCUCGCACCGCUGCGUGCCCAGCGACGUGGACCCCCAGCUGGUCUAUCUCUGCCGACACGUCUACGACUUCCGCUACGGACGCAUCCUCAAGAACCUCCAGUAG